AUGGUCGCCUCCUCUUUCUCAGCUUUACUUCAUGUUAUCAUCAUGUCAGCCGAAUUCUUCACAGGGAUUACAGUAAAUGGAUUUCUUGUCAUCAGAAACGGUAAUGAAUUGCUCAAAAGCAGAAAGCUAAUGCCGAUGCAAAUCCUCUUAAUGUGUAUAGGGAUUUCUAGAAUUGGUCUGCAAAUGGUGUUAAUGGUACAAAGUUUUUUCACUGUGUUCUUUCCACUAUUGUACGUGCUCAAAAUUCAUGGUGCAACAAUGAUGUUCCUCUGGAUGUUUUUUAGCUCUAUCAGUGUUUGGUUUGCCACCUGCCUUUCUGUGUUCUACUGCCUCAAGAUUUCAGGCUUCACUCAGUCCUAUUUUCUUUGGCUGAAAUUCAGGAUCCCAAAGAUAAUACUGUGGCUGCUUCUGGGAAGCCUUCUGGCCUCCGUGUGCAUCGCGGCUCUGUGCAUCGAGGUGGACUACCCUCUUAAUAGAGAUGACGAUGCCCUCCGAAACACCACCCUGCAGGAAACUAAAACCAAGAUAAGGAAAAUCAGUGAAGUGCUUCUUGUCAACUUGGCUUUACUAUUUCCUCUAGCAAUAUUUGUGAUAUGUUCGUUCAUGUUAGUCAUCUCUCUUUACAAGCACACUCAUCGGAUGCAAAAUGCAGCACGUGCUUUAAGAAAUGCCAUCACUGAAGCCCAUAUAAAUGCAUUAAGAAUGGUGGUAACAUUCUUUUGCUUCUUUAUUUCUUAUUUUGCUGCCUUCAUGAUGAACAUGACAUUUACUAUUCCUUAUGAAAGCCUGCAGUUCUUUGCGGUGAAGGACAUAAUGGCAGCGUAUCCCUCUGGCCACUCGGUUGUAAUAAUCUUGAGUAAUUCUAAGUUCCAACAACCAUUCAGGAGAAUUCUCUGCUGCAAAAAGAAAUGA